AAUGACUUUUUUCAUUACGAAACUCGCAUGCGCCAAAACAUAGACAGACAAUAAAUAACACUGGUUCGGUAGAGGGAAAAUGGGUGUGAAUUGGAUUGUCAUUAUAACCGUCAUCUUUAAAAUAGCAGUUCCCUUAAGAAGCCUUCAUGUUGAGGUUGAAACUUCCUUGGAACAGUCUUUGGACAGUUUGAUGUUAGAACCAGUCUUCCUCUGUUUGUGCCAUCCACUGACACAUGACGUAUUAUAUGACGUUCAUUGGUUCAUAAAUAAUGAUGAAAUAUCAGGAGCAGAGUCACGUGAUGUUGACUAUAGCAUGAUGAAUACUACUUCACUGAAACUUCACCAUUGGUCGGGAAAUUACAGUCUGAAUUUCAAUGUUUCCUGUUCUGUGGUUGUUAAAAAUGCCACUUCUGGAAAUUCCACUGAGUAUACUAGUUCGCAAUUUUUGGCUGGAAUAAAGCCAGAGUCUGUCGAAUAUAUCGUUAGGGAGGGUGAGAAUGUGGAGGUGUCUCUGGUGAGCUCCAUACUUAUAAGUUGUCCUACAUCAAUGACUGAUUCCAUGAAAGAGUUAAACUGCAGGAUCCCCAUAGAUGUAUGGAGCUCCAACGAAAACUCGUGGGAGACAUGUAGAAAUGGAUUGGCAAAGAGAGAUUUAGUACUAACUGGUCAAGAAUGUGCUGUGUCUCUCGGUUUUAAUGACACGAGUAUUGCCUUUAACAUUACUGGUUUCCUUGAUGGAAUAAUUAAUUAUGAAAACAGAACCAGCACUCUUCGGUUUAGUGUGUCCACGUACGCUUAUGACAGCUAUGCUAUUUGGAAAAAUAUCAGCAUUCCGGAAAUUAAGGUAUCUGUUGUCGAUAGCGACGUUUCAGUGGCCGGGAUGCUGUGCACUUCUUACAAUGACCCACACAUGACAACCUUUGAUGGCGAGCAAUGGGACAACCACCUCCCUGGGGAAUUCGUCUUAUAUAAACAUAAAUAUCUUCCAUAUUCAGUAAAUGUACUGUUUUCUUCAUGUGUUGCUGGGUCUGCUACCUGUAAUUGUGGUGUUUCGGUCAGAAGCAAUUACAGUCUCUAUGUCGUCAGGACAUGCGCACAGGUUUCUUUCACACAAACGGAGUUGUUGACUGUUCCAUACGAAAGACUCACUCUCAACAGCCCAUCCGACUUGUACAUAACAAAAUCAGGGGGUUUAUCUGAGGUAAUAUUCCCGAGUGGCACAAGGGUUUCAUUCGAUCUGUCGUAUGACAAAGCAUGGAUAAGUAGCGUACGAGUUCAAGCGUCCGUCCUUGAUGUCGGGUCCAGCGAGGGCAUGUGUGGAUUGGCCAAUAGAAACGAGAACGAUGAUUUUAUCCCAAGGCAGGGAAAUAAUUCAAAGUCGACAGACAACCAAGAGUUUGCCCUUUCCUGGAGGAUUCCUUUAAAUUCAAACGAGAGCUUAUUUUCUAAUAACCCUGACUUUCCUGUCAAUUUCGACAAUUACCAAUCAGAAAGAUACAGCCUGUGUAAAGGGAGACCAGACGAAACGGGAGACUCCAACAUAUACAACAUCGUCACACCAAGCAUGUUCUGUAUGGAAGGGGACUCUGUCGCAGCUAAUCUGGCAUCCGUGUACAAUCAAAGCAACAAUGGUGACUUUGUAGAUGCACUCUCUUACGAUCCGAACUACAACGAAACAGAGACUCCUCAGGUUCCCGGUUGGACCAAUGGUUGGACAGAAAGUUCCGCUCGAACAUUCUGUGUUGAUUCUUUUAACAAUGACGUUGCCAUCAACACAUGUGGAACAAUGGCAAACGUGUCAUCAACCUCUUACGUAGAAAGCUGUGUGGCCGAUAUUCAACUUUCAGGAAAUACAACAUACUUGCUAGAUAGUUUGAAUACUUUGAAGGGAGUUUGUUCAAUGGAAGUAAUGCAUAAUGAGGUGUACUACGUUGAGAAGUCAGGGAACGGGAAGACUCUGGUGGACGUCAUUAUGUCUCUCCUCUGUCCACAAAAUUGCUCCGGAAACGGAAACUGUGCAAGCGGGAUUUGUGAGUGUUAUGGUGGAUUCAUAGGCAGUGAUUGUUCCACGCGAACAUCCUCUCCUCCCGAGAUUUUUAUCCUCCCUUUCCAGGGCUUGUGUCACACAGGAUCGGGGUCAUGCCAAAACAUCAAUAUGAUCGGAUAUUUCCAUUCAGAAAACAUUUGGACAAAGCUGUCGUGUUUUACGAUAAGCUCAGACGGAACAGUUACAAACACAACUAUCUCCACAAUUCAAGCCACAUAUCGGCAUUUUAAUUUGAUAUCAAUAGAGCUACCCAUGACCACAAACAACGCCGAAAACGAGGCUGCACGUGGUUGCAACAUCAGUCUAAGCUAUGAUGGAAUUUCUUUUAGCAACCAUCAGACAUUUCUGAUGUAUGACAAACAGCAGUAUAAUUGCGACUUGGAAAAUCUGACAUGCAUACGAAAAGCACUUGAAACACGUAUACCAGAUGAUUCGGAUAGAACAGUGUUAAUAGCAGCAGUGGCCGUCUGUUUUUCUGUUGUGCUGAUCAUAGCCAUCAUCGUUAUUGUUAAAAAGUGUCAGAGCCAGACGAAAGCAAAAGAACACACCAUAACGUCAGAGAGAAAGAAUUCUUUUUCCCAGGAGUACCUGGAUGAUUCUAUGAUAUGCAAUCAACCACCAAGACAGCACACCAUAAUGUCUACUAAGAAAAAAUCCGUAAAAUUUAACGAGAAUUUUAUUGGGGGAGAUUCUAUCAUCUCCAGCCAUCCACCCAGGCAGGAGCAGUGGAAGAAGAAAAAGAGGAAGAGAAAAUCGUCUUUUAAAUCUGGCGAUGUACAUCCACAAAAUGGCCAAGCCAACCCUUUAACAGAUGACACAGCUUUUCAUCCAAAUGGUUGGGAUAAUUUUGGCCAGUCUCCCCCGAUGACACACAUACUGCCACAAAAUGAGACGUCCUUCAAGUCUAAGCACCACAAAGGGCGCCGUAAACUGCCACCGUUGGUACACACCCCUCAAACUCCUUUUGAGCCAUGAUUUCCUUGCCAAAAUUACAUUUACAUGUACUACCACAAUAUACUACUAAAUUUUA